AUGUCUGGGCUCCAGCAGCCUGAGUUUCACCCUCUGAGCGUCUCAGAUCAGCAGGACUUGGGGCCUCUCGACGGCGCAGACGGACCGAAAGACGCCGUAGAGCAUUCCAAGAAUGAGGAAGACGACACCAAAUCGACCGUCUCAUCAGAAUUGUCAGACACAGACACGUUGGAGCUUCUCUCGCUGGCUUCGCGCCCAGAAACACCCGCCACCGAGACAAGAAAGCUACCGAGGGAGCUUGGUUUGAGCACGCCUGGGUGGUUCUCUGACUUUACAGAUUAUGAUGUCAUCACGAUCCAUGGACUUCGCGACAAUCACAACACCGUGUGGGAGUCGAGCAGCGGACAGGCAUGGCUUCAGGACUCGCUCUUCAAAGACCUCUCCAUCCGGCAGCUCGAUUACAUGUAUGCCAUUGAUGACUCCGCACGGAUCUUUCAACCGGAUGGGAUUCAAGUUGAAGCUCGGAACCUGCUGCAUCUGUAUGCUGAGAAAAGGCGCAACCUUCCGGAAACAGAGAUCAACAGGCCGAUUAUUUGGGUGUGUCAUGACAUUGGCGGCAACAUCUUCAAGCAGGUUGGCUUUUCGUUUCCACUCUGCUGA